AUGUCAGGAGCGAAUGCGGAUGAAAUCACCAUCGCCGUCGACCCAGACGUGCACCUCCGUCAAGAUGAAUAUGACCCCCGCGACUGGAACUCCGAUACCACCUCAAUCGGAUCCUCCAUCUACCGCGGCAUAAUGGAGAACGGCCGCCGCUACCAAUCCCUCAAGGAAGACGAGUACGCCUUCCCCGCCGACGAGCAACAAUUCGACACCUACGACGCCGUCCACCUCGCCGCCAUGGUCGGCGACUCCCAAGAAGAAAACCCGCUCUUCCACGCCCCCAUCGAACCCAAGAACGUCCUCGACAUCGGCACCGGCAAGGGCUCACAUGUUCCCGAGGCCUGGGUUCGUGGCGUGGAUCUCUUCCCGCCACCCGUAACCUGGUUACCGCCUAACUGUGUCUUGGAAGUCGACGACGUAACGCAAGACUGGACCUGGAGCCAGAAAUUCGACCUCAUCCACCUGCGCAUCCUAGCCUGCGCAUUCACGCCCGAGGAAACAGUGCAGAUCAUGAAGAAGUGUUAUGAUAAUCUUCAACCGGGCGGAUGGAUCGAGCAAUUUGAAAUUCACCCCAAUGUUUACUGCGACGAUGCGAGUAUCGCCGAGGAUAAUGUUCUAUAUGAUAUCGGACCCCGAUGCGACGCCGCGGCCAACAAAUCCGGCAAGCGUAUGGAUCUCGUGAAGACGAUUCGCGACUCCAUUGAAAAGGCCGGCUUCGUCGACGUCCACGAGAAAGCAACCAAGUGGCCUAUCGGCCCCUGGCCCCGCGAAAAAGCCAAGAAAGAGCUCGGCUCUAUCAACCUUCACCACUGGCUGACUGGUAUCGAGGGUUAUACCAUGUUCCUAAUGACUAAGUUCGGUGAUCCCGAGCCUUGGACUCAGGAGGAGGUGCGAGUUUACAAUGCCCAGAUGAGAAAGGCGCUGCUGAACCCGCAUCAUCACCCGUACCAGCGCACAAGGCGUGUCUGGGCGCGAAAGCCGUUCCCUGAGGAGGUGAAGGCGAGGGAUGAGAAGGAGAAGGAGAAGCAAGAGAAAUUGAAGGAGGCAGAGGCGGCUGCUGCUGCGGCUGCGGCAGUCCCGGUGAAACAGGAAUCGCCAGAGAUCAAGAAAGAAAAGGAGUGA